CUCACAAUGAACCAUGUUGCGCUCCCUCUGCCGGCGCCCGUACGCAAUACGUGGCCCCUCGCUCCCUCCGCGCCUCCCCCAUGUCCCCAUCCGACCGCUGUCCGUGUUCCCGACACCAUAUCUAGCACAGCAACGACGUGCAUUCCACUCGACACGUAGGAAUGAAGCGGGGCCCCUCGUUCCCAUCCUCGCAACGCUGCUUAAAGCGUCUACGACGAUCGAGUUCGCGAGGACCGCUGGCAGGAUCAUCCUCACCUUCACCCCCCUCAUCCUGAUGAAGAACCUCAAGGCGCGCAAGAAGUUGCAGCGCGCGGCGGUCGCAGGCAUCCCCACCUCGGAGGAGAAGAAGCAGAGGAUUCUCAAGAAGAUACGCUCGAGGACGAUGCUGUUUCACGCCAUGCUCUUUUCCCCUAUCAUCCUUCUCUGGGCGACGAUCGUGGCCAGCUUGGAGCAGACACCGCUCACCGGGAGGUGGCGCAUGAUCAUACUGUCUCCCGAGGAAGAGCAGGAGAUCGCGAAACAACUCGCAGGCCCAGGAUGGUACCGCGCAGUCGGCGACAUCCUAUCCCCUAAUGGGGAACCGGUCCGCCUCGUACCCCCAACCGAUUGGCGCUACGCCUGGGUUGCCGCCACCCUCCGCCACCUCGAAUCCGUCGUCCCAAAGCUCUGCACCGAGCGCGAAGAAGACAGCGACUGGUAUGCGAUCGACGACGAAAGCCACCCCAUGCCCCCGCCAGCGGAGUACCCACUGCGUCCCCGCCCGCGCGUCUCGCAACACCUCCGCAUGUUCUGCGACAAGAUGAACGAGCGCAACACCACCAACGCUCCCCAUAUUGUGACCGACCCUCCCUACUCCCUCAUCAUCGUCGACGAGCCGAAUGCGUCAAACGCAUUCUCAUACGGUUUCGGACCUGACGGCGCAGGCGGUAUCGUCGUGUACUCUGGUUUCAUCGACGAUGUCCUCGCCAAGCACCCCGCCCCUCCACCAACUGCAGAACAAGCGCAAUCAUGGUCAUCCUGGCUCUUCGGGCCCUCAAGUGCUUCUCACCGACCACAGCAUCCAAUACCGACACCGGAACAAACGACCGAGCUGGCGAUCCUCCUGUCGCAUGAGCUCGCUCAUCUUGUCCUUUCGCACCACCUGGAGACGUUGUCAUCCGCUACUGUCAUCGUGCCCGGGAGCCUGUCAAUCCUGUCGGACGUCUUGCGCGUGCUCAUCUUCCCGAUCACGAUGCUCUUCGGCCCCUUCGUGAACGACGCGGUCGCACAGCUGGGGCAGGUCAGCUCGACGGAGCUCACCAAGAUCGGCGAAGCAUGCACGACGUACAAGCAGGAGAUCGAGGCCGACGUGGUUUCUGCUAGACUCCUCGCCUACGCUGGCUUCGACGCGCGCGACGCUGUGCGCUUCUGGGAGAACCGCGUCUCGAGCCAGUCCCUUGAGCACCCGCCCUCGGCCGCGCCACCGGCGAUGACUGACAAUGUCGCCGUGCGCAACAUCAUGGGACAAGGCCACCCGGUGGGCUCGGUGCGCGUUGAUCGGCUGAAGGACGAGCUGCUGCGAUGGGAGACCGAGCGGCGGGCGGCGCUGCUAAAGGCGCGGCUGCAGCCGCAGGAGAGCGCGGUCGUGUUGGCGACAGCUUAGAGGGUCCUUUCGGCCUUGAUCUAGUCCUUUGGCGAGGGACCCGCGUCGUUCUGCGUAGAUAUAUCAUCGGACGUGUCCUUGCUUUCGUUUUGCUUUACUCAUCUACUUAUCCUCGCUUCUACUCGCCAUCCACACUCCUUGCCUCUGUUUGCCCGGUCCAGCCAUGCUUGGGUUAUAUACUAUACGUUGGGGACUCAUUAAACUAUACCCGGCCUGCCUGGGCCAGGCGUCGUAGUGAUGUAUUUGUAGCUGUACCAUCCUAUCUAUUCAGCACACCUGCCUCAUUCCGCGGACGUGGCUGCCAUGUACUUAGGUCGAGAACCUACAGUACCUCGCCUGGUUAUCGUAGGUGCGUCAAUUGAGCGCUGC